GUUAUUACAUGGACCUUAUUAAAACAUUUACUGCGCUGUAUAAUAGUAAUUUCUCUAUAAGUUAACAGUAUCGAUAAAAUUAAUUGAUGGAUAUGGGACAUUAAUUAUUUGAAGUGUACGAGGGUAAGAUGUUACAGGUUUUAGUGCGUGUUACUCAUAACAGUCAUAACGAAUGAUACGGCAAUACGUUACCUACAGCAUAUUAUUCGCUGCAUUUAUAUGUGUAAUUCUGUUUCCUCUGCUCGCACACGGAUCGUUUGCGGCGUAUUCGAAACGCAAGGUACAUAUAAUGAUACAAAAUGAAGAUUCGGGUGACUACAAUAAUGAGACGAUUGAAUCUAUGAGUGAUAUGUUCAUCAAUCAUCACUUAGCAAAUUAUUUUCCUGUGAUAUACUCAUCAAAAAAAAAUGAUUACUCUACAUACGAGGAUGAUGAUUAUGAUGAAUUCGAGUGUUUACUAUACUUUGAUAAAAAUUAUACAAUGGCUCUGCGUCGACGAAUCGGAAGGAAAAUAAAAAACAACGUUGAUUUUGAAAAUAGUCAGAUAAUAAUCACAAUGAACAUGACCGAUGGACGAACAGCUGCUGUCGUAAAAGAUAAACUAACAGAACUCUAUAAACAAUUUCUAUCCGAUUACUCGCACAACAUGCUGAUGGAAUACGUUACAGACAUUAAUGAUGAUUCUAUUAAAUACAAUACAGUGACGUACAACAAUGAUUACAAAUAUCCUAUUUACGGACGAUUUGUAAAUUCGGGACUGAUUGUUAUUUUGGCGUUCUUUUUCCACGGAGCAAUCGCCGUUUGGUUACAGCAGGUCGCAGGCAAAGACUGUUAUUACGAUGGUUGGACAUCAUAUCUAGCUCGUCUCAUCGUCCAGAUACCGAUUGCCGUUGUCUGGAACGCAUUUACAGUCAUACAUAUGAUCCUCCUAUAUGAUAUAAUCUGCCCUAAUUAUUUCUACAUCUUCUUGGGUUUGUUGUUCAUCAGUAUCAGUGGAAUACACUUAGGAUACAUAUUAUGUUCAGUUAUGAAAAAUCAUUUCUGUGUCACAAUAAUAUUAUACUUAAAAUUCACAAUAUGUGUCUACGUCUCAGGUCUUUGGUGGCCCACAUGUAAGUUAUUUGAUUGGAAAUAUGAGAUAAUUGGGUAUUUCCCUAUUUCAGCAAGUAUUUGUUUUAUCAGAAAUUUAAUUGAAAAACAGAAUUUUGUCAUAAAAUCUUUAGUUAUUAUAAUUUUUUGGUCUGUAAUACUUGUGGUUAUAACAAUAGUUGAUAUAGCAACUACCAACAAUGAAAAAAGGUACAAUAAAUUUAAAAACCUAUUAUAAAUAUUAAUAUUUAUGAUUUAUUAUUU